ACCUUCAACGUUCAACGUUCAACAUGGAAGCACCUUCUACGAACGUACAAGUUGCUUCGAACAAUAAUCAAAGUACAAAUGACAAACAAACCGCCUUAGAUAUAAUCUCAGAAACAUUUCCGCCCUUCGACCACCGGGGCAAGAUAGUCGCACCUUUCGACAACGAGACCAAAAGGGAUGCUGAAUUCCAAGAAAGUCUAAGCAUCAUGUUGCUCGCCUUAAUGCUCGAGUUUCAUGCUUGGUCGUCUGCGCGGCCUAUGCAAGAAAGCGACCGGACUGCUGAUGCCCUCGAGAAAGAAAUUAACGAGCUAAUGGGAACGGAGAAAGAACAAGAGAAGACGCGUCAAAGGCUAAAGGACUUCGUCGAACGCAUCAAGAUGGCUCUUGCUGCCCUGACUGCACUUGUACCAGGAUGAAAGAACGCGGAACCGUUUCACGAACUUGUCUGGCUCUGCUCUUCUUGUUGUCCUGGAUUCUGGUUCCAAGGUCUCCUAACUGUGUUCUCACGUUGUCCUCUCCUACAAUUGCACGCAUAUAUCCAGCUUUUUGGUGAUAAUGGAGUCCACAUUUGCUCGUAUAGAUGCCCUGGGAAUAUCUGAGGCGCGCCAUGCGCAUACAAGAGACUGCCGCGUGUGAAUGUAGAAUCCUGCAGCGUAUACAAGUGUAUUCGAGCCGUU